CGACUUUUAUUUUGAAAGGCACAUAUCGACCUGGAAGAAAAUAAGCCUCACGUGUUGGUGCGUGUAAAAAUGUCUGCUGGCGUAGCAUUAAAGAGACCCAAACUUGUGUCCUCUCAGCCUGAGGAGCGGGUGGACUGGAAGAAACGGAGAGCAGAAAAGAACGAGGCUAAGAAGCAAAGGAAAGAAGCCAAGCUGAUCAAACAGUUGGAAAAGCAGAAACAGCAGGAUGCUGCAGAGAGAGCAGAACUUGAACAAAGCCAGAACAAAAAAGGUCCAACUUACACUGUAAGUGUAGCUCUGCCAGGUUCUGUCCUGGACAACGCUCAGUCACCUGAACUUCGUACGUACCUGGCCGGACAGAUCGCUCGAGCCUGCGUUGUGUUCAGCAUUGAUGAGAUAAUUGUGUUUGAUGAACAAGGAGAAGAUGUCAAGAGUGUUGAAGGAGAAUUUAAAGGUGUUGGGAAGAAGGGGCACGCUUGUAUUCAGCUUGCCAGAAUACUUCAGUACCUGGAAUGUCCGCAGUAUCUGCGCAAGUGGUUUUUCCCAAAACACCCAGAUUUACAGUAUGCAGGCUUGCUUAACCCCUUAGACAGUCCUCACCACAUGAGGAUAGAUGAGGAAUCCAAAUACAGGGAAGGAAUAGUCCUCGACAGAACGCCCAAACAGGGGAAGGGUUCAUUAGUCAACUGUGGCAUGAGAAAGGAGGUUCGAAUUGAUAAACAGCUGCAGUCUGGACUACGAGUCACAGUGCAGCUGAGUAAGACACAGAGUCAAGAAAGCAAACUAUGUAAAGGUGUCGUUGUGGCUCCUCACGUGCCCAGGACUGAAGGAGGUCUUUACUGGGGGUACACUGUCCGUCUGGCAUCUUGUCUCAGUUCAGUUUUCACAGAAAGUCCGUAUAAAGAAGGAUACGAUCUGACUAUUGGCACAUCAGAGAGAGGCAGCAACAUGGACCAAUCAACACUGUCGCCAUUCAAACAUCUUUUGGUCGUUUUUGGAGGUCUUCAGGGAUUGGAAGCCAGCGUAGACGCUGACCAAAACCUGGAUGUGUCUGACCCCAGUGUUUUAUUCGACCUGUACCUCAACACAUGCCCUGAUCAGGGCAGCAGAACUAUUCGUACAGAGGUGAGGACAAACAUACAGUAUCUGUUCUUAAAGCAUUGUGUGACAAGACAGAUUGGCAUUGUUUGUACAGUAAAAAUGCUCUGCAAGUUGCUGGUUCUCACCAGUGUGUACAUUAAACUGUUUCCUUUGUGUUGUCAACAGGAGGCCAUCUUAAUUUCCAUGGCAGGGCUGAGGCAGAAGAUCUCAGCUGCCUUUUCAGGUGUUUCCAAUGUUUAAUUAAAGAACUAGCGACGGAGCAAAGUAAAGAAAGACAUGCUGGCAAAUGAAUCAUCUAACUGGUAUUUACCUUGAGGUUGUCCAUAACUGGAGUUUUUGGCAUUGCCUCUAGUAAACACAAUAAUAACCCAUUAGUGCUUUGAUGUUAGCUCAUCUUCUUUGUUUCUAAAUGACUCAACAAAUUGUACAUAUUUAAAUACAAACUCUAUCC